AUGGACAGUUUCAUCUCUGUCAAUCAGGAGUCUUAUGAUCCCGAUGGGAAAGACUACUACCUUGGAUACCGGGAGGCCGAUUUAAAGAGGCCAUUUGCCAAGUACUACAAUCCAGUCACCCCGGCCAUCAGCGACGAAGUCCAAAAGGGACUCUCCGCCAGCCCCUGGGCAAGUAGCAUUGGUCAUACCCCCUGGGAGGCUAAGACUUACAUGCUACGGAGUGGAUACACUCUACUCGAAAAUGGAUAUACUACUCUGCCCGAUGGAACUCUUUACAUUGCAGUUCGGACCCCGAUCCCGCAAAUUACCGGUGACGCCUACAAUUGGUGGUUUGGUUGGCACCUAACAGAUACAUCCAGAUACAAGCUUUGGAACCCAAUUGCACAUCAAUAUGCCUGGCGACAUCCUAACACCAUGGAUUGGUCCAACAAGAGCCUUCCUGAGCGCUAUAUCAAUACAUACUCAUUUAUAUCUGAGUUUAUCGGCAAUGACUGCUCCAAGCUAACCAUCGCUUUUAUUGAUCCCCAGGAGCUAGGAAUUGACAAAUCCAAAUUUGAAGAGCAAGGCAUUGAGGCCAUGGUCGUUGGUCACAUAAAAGUGGGCGGUAUGAUCCUCCUCACCGGCCCACAAAUCCGAGAAUCAAAGCUCGCUGACAGGCUCUGCACAGAGCACAUCACAUCUGGUUUUGACAAUAAGUCUUUCUUAAUUCAUCAGGUCCGACGUACGCCAGAUGGUGAAAGAGAACUUCGAUCUAGGUUUUGGAUUGCCGAUGCAACCCCCCAAGUCGGACAUGACCUUGCAGUGCACUGUGCCAUCGAGAUGUCCCGUAAGUCAUGCAUUCACUCCCGAGGGAAAGCAAAGUAUGGACAGCUUAUUGAUAUGGUGGAAUAG